UUUAAACAACAAUGACAAUACUGGUAAGGAUAAAGCAGCUUCUAUGAUCAUAAUAAGGAAGCAUUAUGUUAGGAUUUUAUAAAAAUAGAACACUACUGAUUAUUCUCUCUGAAAACUAUAUAUUUGUAUUAAAAUAGUAAAUUAAAGCUUGAGAAAAUCAGAUUUAAAGCUCUAAAACCAAAAUUUAAAUCUAUAAACUAUUUGAAAGAAAAACUCAUGUAUUAUGAUGCAUGGGUAAAUCCUUGGUAUAACCUAUAAUACAGCAAAGUUAUGAUCAGUUUGCUCAAGUGUAUGAGGAAGAACUCCAGAUUUAUGUGUACAAAUGUCUAUUUUCCAACUUCUGAAUCAAUUUUACUCGUCAAUGUUAUACAGAUCAGGAGAAUGCUGAAUCUACAAUCUUCAAAAGAGUGAAGAUGGCCAACUAUCCUCCCCUUUCGGAUGUCGUAAGAAAAAGCACGAUAUUGAGCUGAUGUACUGUAUAAUUAAGAAUCCAAAUGGAGGUGAUCAAGUUCUUGGCAAGUUCUGCCAAACUUGAUACAAUAAGGAAUUCCAAGGAGAAAUUAAACAGCUUAUCUCGACUCUUAAAUCUAUGGAAGGUUCCAAAAUCAUCAAAGUUUCUCUAUACAAUGAGAAAGUGUUCACUUUGCAGCACAGGGUUAUAAGACAUUGUAAAAAUAAGUUAAGGUCAUCACUUGCAUGUAAGAACAAUAAAAGGAAAAGGAAAUAUCAGGACAUUUUGCUCGAGAUUUUGGAAAUCUUAAAUGCCAAUUCCAAUCAUUACAGAGAGAAUUAUCCUGAUAUAUCAGGCAGUAAUGACUAUCAAGCAAGACUUGAGGAGCUCCUCUCAACCGUUAAGAAGUUGCCAAAGAUUGAAGACUAUGACGACAAUGUAUACUUCAGCACCAAUGCAAAGGGUCUCACAGACUUUUCAGACAAGGUUCCUUAUUUUGACUCGAAAAACGACUAUAUUGAAAGUGAAAUAGUCCAAAGACCUGAGGACUUUGAAAGCCCUUCGAAGGUUAUUUUUGAACCUGCUGACCAGUCUCAUUCUACAGAUACGUAUGGAGGAAAGUCAAAUUCUGUUAUAAUUGAAGAGGAGAAAGGUGAUGUUCACCCAUUAAAAGGCCUUGUGAGGACUUCAACUAUAAGAAAGUUAGUUCCAACGGAUUUGCCAUAUAAACAAAACUUUAUUGAUGAUAGCUGUAAGAAGCUAGCUCAAGAUUUUAAAUCAGAGAUCGACUACCUCGUCAGCAACGUUAGUGUCGAAGAAUCUACAAGAGUAACAGAAGAAAGCACAAGAAGUCCAAUACUUCUGAUCCCAGAGGAUCUAAAGUUACUUGACUAUAACUCGAUGUAUCCCUCUUUAAGGUUCCUUGUAAACAAUUCUUUGCCGAACAAGAAGCCUGAAAAAUCACCUAAAACUAUCAUCAAUAACUUCAUGGCUCUGUUCAACAAGGAUCUGAAAGAAUCGAUCCUGUCCUGCUUACCCAAGGUGGACAAGCACCAGCAUCAUCCGAAGUUCUUCCUUGGAAUCCUCCAGAAGAACCCAGUCAUCAGGAACAUUGUGAACCUAAGCCUGGUUGCAGAGACCUGUAGGGCUAUGAAGAUGCCCAAAAAGGUGUUCGAAACACUAGCUUUCCAUUUGCCUACUCUAGAGAAAGAUUUUGAUAAGAUUAUUGAAAUCAUUAGUGACUUCUUAAGAGAAUCAUUAAAGGCAGUGAAGUCUUUGAAUGCAAAUAUUUCCAAAGAUUGCACUCCAUUUAAGUUUAUUGGAGGCAAGAGACUAAAAAUUGAAGAAGGAAAAUAUUUUUGCCCAACUAUUGAAAUUUUUAGUGCUAAAACCAUGACCCCAGAAGAAGUGGAGCAGAGUGAAGGGACGUUCAUUUAUCGUUCAGAGGAUUCGUGCUACAGAACCUCAUUCGAUUACGAUGAUUUGAAUGUCUCUAGUCUUGAUCAAUCCACUACUUCAAGCCCUAAUAGAGGCAAAAGAAGUGAAUCUCAGUUCUAUUGGGAGUAUCCCUUUGCUCUCUACGAUAUCAGAGAAGAAUAAAGGUUGAAUAAGAAAGUUUACC